AAAGCUACAUUGAUCAUUCUAAUAGCUUAAACCCUCCAUAACACUCACCCACCUGUUUUCCUCGCCAAACCCUUUCUUACCGUUCCUCCUAGCUACCAUCUUCCUCUUGCCAUGGCUGAAAAGUCAGGCCAAAUUCUCUCGACCCUCUUCUUGAUCCUAAUAUUUCUGAAUUUUUUGGGAAUGACAAAGCCUGAUGACCCGUGCCCGUAUCCGUGUUAUCCGCCGCCCAUCGGCUCCGGCACUCCAGUAAUCACAACACAGCCGCCACCGCCACCAUCCCAGGUUGUGUCAUACCCACCUCCAGCUGGAUACAAUCCUACACCGGCAGGAUACGUACCAUAUUCCUCUCCACCACCCUAUGGCAAUUCACUUGGUUCCCCUCCCCCUCCUGACCGCAUAUUACCCUACUUCCCUUACUACUCCGGAAAACCACUUCAUCAGACCGACAACUCUGCAGCAACCACUCUUGGAAUUCGCUCAAUACUCAUGAUCAUAAUCGCCGUAGCUAAUUAUCUUCUUGUCUCUGUUUCUAUUUUUCCUUUCUAUGUACUUUAAGUGAGCUUUUUGAUUUGUAAUCAGUUUGAGCGGAGAUAUUCAUGCUGUGUUCAGUUGCAGAAAUGUGAAACAAUGGUUAAUCAUAAGUCUGAGAAGAACUUCGUCGGAGGAGGAUGACCCAAGUGCUUGACUUUUUUGUUUGGUUACAACAAGGAAACUGCUUUUUUAUUCCUA